UAUUUCUUUAGGGUUUUGCGAAUUUGAUGUGUUUGAAAGAGGGUUUUAGGCUAAUUUUCCUUUUGGCUGCCAUUUCCAACGUAGUGCUAAAUUUAGUCUUCUCCAAAUGGAUGCAUCAGCUCUCAAUUCUCCUGAUUUGCAACGAUUCCUCAAUCAAGAAAAGGAAAAAGCCAUGGUCAAUGAGAUGGUGGCAAAGCUUACAAGUGUGUGCUGGGACAAGUGUAUCACAAGUACUCCUGGGAACAAAUUCAGCUCGAGUGAAUCUGCUUGUCUUUCUAAUUGUGCUCAACGAUACAUGGACUUGACACUCAUCAUUAUGAAACGCGUUCAGUCAAUGCAGUAACCUGGAGGAGACUAUGCCUGCAGUCGUGGUUACAAGUUGUGAGCUUUUCUUGCAAAAUCUGCUGUAUUUUUUAAACCAAUACUCGUAUUCUGUUAAAAUUCCUACAGAAGGACAUCCCUUGCAGUGGGUUACAAAUUAAUUAUCUCAAGAUUUUAUGUGGGCUUAAAA